AUAUCUCCACAUACGUUAUCCCCACCCCUGCCAAUUCCAGACAAUAUUCCAAAAUGUCUCUUUCCACGCGUCAAAUUGGCUUUGGGUUCCAAAAUGCCCGUAGAUGGGCCAGCACUACCGCCAGAGCCGUAAUCUACACCGACCACGGUGAGCCAGCGGAGGUGCUCAGGGUACGGGCCUACCAAUUGGAAGACCCGGCUGAAGCCUCAGGCAACGUUUUAUUGCAGGCCGUCGCGGCUCCGAUCAACCCGUCGGAUAUAAACCAGAUUCAAGGCGUGUACCCGUCUAAACCUGCCAAGACGUUGGAGUUUGGCACACCCGAGCCGGCAGCACCGUGCGGCAACGAGGGGUUGUUCCAGGUGCUUAAGAUCGAUCCCAAGGUGACUGACCUCCAAGUGGGUGACUGGGUGAUUCCAAAGAUGCCUAACUUUGGGACCUGGAGAACCCACGCGUUGACACCCUCCAAGGACUUGAUCAAAGUGUCGAACGGGUUGUCCGUCCAGCAGGCCGCCACCAUCUCAGUCAACCCGUGCACAGCCUACCAAUUACUCACUAUCUUCAAGAAACUCGCACCGGGCGACUUUUUCAUCCAAAAUGGGGGUAACUCCGCCGUGGGAAAGUACGCGAUCCAGAUCGGAAAGCAGCUCGGGCUUAAGUCCAUCUCCGUCGUGAGAGACAGACCAGAUUUCGCGGUGUUAGAACAGGAGUUGCUCGAAUUGGGCGCCACCCAUGUGAUCACCGAGGAACAGAGUGCGGACAGAGCCAUGGGUACCAUUAUCAAGGAGUGGGUUGGCAAGGGCAAGCAGAUUUCCUUAGCCUUGAACUGCAUCAGCGGCAAGUCUGCCACAAAUAUCGCGCGCAAGUUGGGCAAAGAUGGGAUCAUGGCCACCUACGGGGGCAUGUCCAAGCAGCCGGUAAUCCUCCCGACCUCGUUGCACAUCUUCAAGAACAUUACCAGCGCCGGGUUUUGGUUGACCGCCAACACUAAGGACGACCCGGAGGGCAAGAUCGCUGUGAUUGACAAGAUUAACGAAUACUAUUUGAGUGGUAAGUUAAAGGAGGCUAAGUUUACCGAGAGCAAAUUUGACAUCGCCAACGGCACCAACGAGCAGUUGUUACAAGCGUUUUUGACCGGUAUCCAGGCCAAGAACGGCAAACAGGGAGUAGUGUUCAAGUAGCCAAUUGAAGGUAAUUAAACCUGGAAAGUUCUGUAAAGCGUGAUAUAUGAAAUCUUUUUGGCGUAAUUUAGCGGGGUAGAUAUCUUGAUAGCCACAAGAUGUCGGUGAAAUGCGAUAGAUGAAUAACCAGAAGCGAUAUGAUAUCUGGAGUUUCCAGUGCCUUUCUGAUAGCGAUAUACUCUCUAGGUUAGCAUGAAAUGAGGGGGUACCAUACAGAAUCUUGAAGUCAACCUCGGAAAGCAGUCAAGCUAUUACAAGGAGAUAGCCACUUCUACUUUACAAGAUAGAGGUUAGGUUGUAGGAAAUCGACCG